AUGAGAACUAUACUGCUGUCAGAAGGACUUUGGAGCUUCGUUGAAAGAGGGCUUCAAGAACCAGAGGAUCUAAGUCAGCUUCCAGCAGCAGAAAGAGAGAAGUUCGAAGCAGAAGUCAUGAAAGAUGCCAAGGCUCUCUCCAAGAUUCAGACCGGAGUCACUUCAGACAUUUUUCCAAGAAUCACAAGAUCUAAAACAGCAAAAGAAGCCUGGGAUACAUUAGAAAAGGAGUUUCAAUGUGGUAGCAAGGCCAUAACAAUCAAGCUACAGACUUUGCGCAGGGAAUUCUAUAAUAUGAAGAUGAAAGAAUCUGAAGGCAUCCAAGAUUAUGCCUCUAGACUAACUGAACUUGUGAAUCAAAUGAGAACACUUGGUGAGGAGAUCUCUGACCAGAGGGUUGUUGAAAAAAUACUGAUCAGUUACCUGAAAAAUAUGAUCCCAUUGUUGCUGCUAUUGAAGAGUGCAACUGUGCAAGGACAUCACCACCUUAUCAAUUGA